CUGCAACCAAGGAGAUAGCCGGAUAGCAUGAAGGGUGUAUAUAUCUGUCUAGAUUCCAACAGGUCUUCCCCGCCGUUCUCCAGCAUGGCCUCCUCUUCCUCAACGCCUCGAUGCAACUCAAACUCCUUGGAAAAAGCCUCCAUUAAAAAACCCGUGAAAGAUGGGACUAACUGGGAACACAACGAAGACAUUCCUCGUCUGCCAGGGGAAACGAGAGUCACAGACAAGGAAGUCAUUUACAUGUGUCCUUUCAACGGUCCUAUUAAAGGGAAAGUCUACAUCACAAACUACAGGAUCUACUUGAGAAGCAUGGAAUCGGAUCCGACCGUGGUAUUAGACGUGCCUUUGGGGGUUAUUACAAGGAUUGAGAAAAUGGGAGGCGCUUCGAGCCGAGGAGAGAAUUCGUACGGCUUAGAUAUUACUUGUAAGGAUAUGAGGAAUUUACGCUUCGCCUUGAAACAAGAAGGCCACAGCAGAAGAGAUAUAUUUGAGCUCCUGACAAAAUACGCUUUCCCACACUCGCAUAACUUGCCUUUCUUUGCUUUUCUGAAUGAAGAGAAGUUUGCGGAAAACGGCUGGCUGGUUUAUAAUCCUAUGGUUGAGUACAGAAGACAAGGUUUGCCUAACCUCCAGUGGAGGGUAACCUUCCUCAACGAACACUACGCCCUGUGCGACACCUACCCGUCCCUCCUGGUGGUGCCGUAUAACGCCACCGACGAAGAUCUGAAGAAGGUUUCUACUUUCCGAUCGCGGUGUCGAAUCCCGGUAUUGUCCUGGAUCCAUCCGGAGACUCAGGCUGUCAUCACGCGCUCCAGCCAGCCCCUUGUGGGCAUGGGUGGCAAAAGAAACAAAGACGAUGAGAGGUACCUGGAAAUCAUACGGGAAACCAACGGCCAGCUCUCCAAACUGACCAUCUUCGACGCCAGGCCCAACGUCAACGCUGUGGCUAACAAGGCAACCGGUGGUGGAUACGAAAAUGAAGACGCGUAUCCAGAUGCAGAACUGCUUUUCCUGGAUAUCCAUAACAUUCACGUCAUGCGGGAAUCAUUGAAAAAGCUGAAAGACAUUGUCUACCCUCACGUGGAAGAAUCUCACUGGCUGUCAAGCUUGGAGUCCACCCACUGGCUGGAACAUAUCAAGCUGGUUUUAACGGGCGCCAUCCAAGUCGCUGACAAAGUGUCAUCCGGAAAGAGUUCGGUCUUGGUGCAUUGCAGCGACGGUUGGGACCGCACCGCUCAGCUCACCUCUCUGGCCAUGUUGAUGUUGGACAGCUACUACCGAACCAUCGUGGGCUUUGAGGUCUUGGUGGAAAAGGAGUGGAUAAGCUUCGGACACAAGUUCGCAUCGAGAAUCGGUCACGGAGACAAAAACCACGCAGAUGCGGAUCGGUCCCCCAUCUUCCUCCAGUUCAUCGACUGCGUCUGGCAAAUGUCCAAGCAAUUUCCCACAGCUUUCGAAUUCAACGAACAGUUUUUGAUCACUAUUCUGGAUCAUUUGUACAGUUGCCGCUUCGGUACGUUUUUGUACAGCUGCGACUCGGUCAGAGAGAAAGAGAAACUGAGCGAGAAAACCUUGUCACUGUGGUCCUUGAUCAACAGCUCGAAGUCCAAAUAUACCAACCCGUUUUAUACGAAAGAGCUGAACCGGGCCCUUUACCCAGUCGCCAGCAUGCGCCACUUGGAGCUCUGGGUCAAUUACUACAUCCGAUGGAAUCCACGGAUUAGGCAACAGCAGCCCAACCCAGUGGAGCAGCGUUACAUGGAACUUCUAGCCCUGCGGGAUGAUUACAUGAAGCGGCUGGAAGAAUUGCAAAUCACGAGCAACCCCAAGCUGUCCAAUUCCUCCUCAUCGUCCUCUUCCUCCUCCUCCUCUUCCUCCCAGAUGAUGUCACAUGUGCAAACUCACUUUUGAAGGAGAGAGAGAAGCUUGGCUUCUUCUCCCCAAAGCCUCUCGUCACAAAAGCGGUGCUUUAUUCCGACCAGAGGGGGAAAAACUACAAUGCCUUAUCUGAAAGCUUCUUGGGAAAUGCUUGGCCCUGUGGAGAGGAUCUAAACCCCCGGGGUGGGUGGGAGCUUUGUAAAAGUGGAUUUACGUGCCUUUGGAAACCUUUCCGCCUGGGAACGUGCUCUCCGCUAUCCUAGAGCAUUGUUUUGUUGCUGUUUACUUCAGAGCAUCCAAAUAUAUUUAGCUAGCGGUUUCCGUACUAAUCGCCAUUUGGGGGACUAGCACAAUUUCCUUGUCCGUCUCUAGGAUGUUACCUCGCUCUGGUUUAGCUGCCUCUCUGGGCAAGCUAAGACCCAUCUGGGUCAGCGUGGUCCUUCUGGAUUCAUCCGUCUGUGUGGCCCUCAGAGAGGAAGGAGCGUUUACUAAUUUACUAAGAGAAUCUGGCCUCGAGGAAGCAUUCACACCACCACGUCUUUCCGACCAAACGCCAUUUUGAACGGCGACGGCAUUCACAACAGCGAGCUACCAAGAACGGAAAACUUUUCCUGAAAACGUGUGCCUGUUAAGUGAUGGCCUUAUCUACAGAGCAGAUUUAAUAUUUGAUUUUUGAAAUGAAGGGAGGGGUGUGUGUAUGUGUGUGUGUAUUUGUGUGCGUGCGGCCAUAUCUGUGUGACUGACAUUCUGUAGUGGGUUAGCCUUUCCUGACCUACAUUUAAAACAAUUUGCAGGAUAUUUUGUGCACUGAAGAAACUUCAAAAUCCAGGAGUAAAACAACUUGGAGUCUUCCUCCUUAUGUUUUGCACUUCAAUUGCUAUUAGCCCCAGAUAACACCGCUAGUAGCAACAAGGUUGUGUAGGAUAUCUGGAGUGCGCUAAGUUGUCCGAUUCCCUACAUUUAAAUUUUGCAGGGUGGUUUUCUUUCUUUUUUCUUUUUGGUCAUUGUGUUCGGUCUUUUUGUCAUAUUUUAUUAUUUGUUCCUUCCAGGAAUCUUGUUAAAACGUAACUUAACAAGCACUUGUAAAAUCAGCACAUUUGAUCUUUUAAUACAUAUGCUUAGGAUAUAAACUUUUAAAGCUGUUUUGGUCAUUUCAGAACAAGCGAAACAUAGGAUUUUGCGAGGACUGUUUGUAGCUAUUAAAAGUAUUUGGAAGGGGGGUGGUUACUGUAUGUAAAUUACUUUAUGUGUAAUUGUGCAAAAUAUAAGGCAGAAAUUAUAGGAUCAAUGUGUAAAUUAAGGAUAUGGAAGUCCGUUUUCUGUAAAGUGUAAAUAUGAUUCUAAAAUAUAAAGUCAAACUCCAAAAUAAUUAUAAAAUUCUUAGUUUUAGAGGACAUUGGAAUAUUUUAGGAAUAGUAUAUUUUCAGUAUAAAAGUAAAAAUGGAGCACAUUAAUAGAAUAAAAUUGUAUACUAAGAAAUUUGCACUAUUUCUUCAGGGAUAGACUAAAAUACUUAGUAAUUUCAGCUAGCUAGCUCACGGAUUUUCUUUUCUCAUGUUUGUCCUCUAAAAUUUCAUUCUUUGGUGAUGCUUUCGGUCUCCUACGUUUUAUUGCACCUAUCAGUGGGUACUUUAUUAAAGGGAAGUGAGUCGGAGAAAUGAAAUACGUAACUUGUAUCACAAGAAACUCAAACUUAACCCAUCAUUCUAUUCUAAACGCUAGAGCAGAAAACUGAAAAGCUACCCAGACUCAAACAUAACUGUCAUUUGUUUGCUUGCAAGUUAUAAGGCAUCUCAUUUUUUUCUUUGCUACCGUAAACCUUUGUGCUUUGU